AAUCAUACUUGGUUUUGACAUUUUGAGUAUUACUUAUUUGUCUUUUAACUCUCUCUUUUCCAGAUAAGACUUUUUCUUUUUUGGUUUCAAAUCGUUCAUUUUUAACAAGUUCUGUUCUUUCAAUCUUUCUUCUUCUUCUUCUUUAACACCUUUGGAGUUCUAUUUCUUCAUUCUGUCUCUUUUGAUUUCUCUUUUAUAUUGUUUUCAUCGUUCCAGAGUAAAACCCCGCGUUUUCAUUUUAAAUAGAGUUUGUUCUUUGGGCUCUUUGUUCUGAAAGCAACACUGUUACUUGCUUGUUCAUCUCAAGCAAAUGGGUGCUUCAGGAGGGAAAUGGGUUAAAGCUCUUAUAGGACUUAAGAAGCCCGAAAAAGAUGACAAUGAAAAGGUAGGCAACAAGAGCAAGAAAUGGAAGCUGUGGAGGAGCUCUUCAGGGGAUAUGGGAUCUUCAUGGAAGGGUUUCAAAGGGAACCAUAGAGCAGCAUCAGAGUGCUCAGAUUCUUCAACAAGAACUAAUUCUUUCACGGCUGCGAUGGCUGCAGUGCUUCGAGCUCCUCCUAAAGAUUUCAGGGUUGUCCGGCAAGAAUGGGCCGCCAUCAGGAUCCAAACUGCUUUUCGUGGCUUCCUGGCGAGACGGGCAUUGAGAGCUUUGAAAGGAGUAGUAAGGCUGCAAGCUCUGGUUCGUGGUCGACAAGUGAGGAAGCAGGCAGCUGUGACACUGAGGUGCAUGCAGGCUCUUGUUCGAGUUCAGGCCCGAGUUAGAGCGCGUCGCGUAAGAAUGUCCGUUGAGGGCCAAGCAGUGCAGGAUGUGCUUAAUAAAAUACGCACCAAGGAUGAUAUUUUGAAAGAAGCUGAGAAAGGAUGGUGCGAUAGUAAGGGGACUCUGCAAGAUAUUAAGGCAAAGCUUCAAAUGAGGCAGGAAGGUGCUUUCAAGAGAGAAAGAGCAAUAGCAUAUUCUCUUGCUCAAAAGCAAUGGAGUUCAAACCCCAAUUCAAAUAGUCGAACAAAUGGUUCCAUUUCAUCUAUCAAGAGUCAAGAUUUUGACAAGAACAGCUGGGGAUGGAGUUGGCUGGAACGUUGGAUGGCCGCUCGGCCAUGGGAGAGCCGAUUGAUGGAACAAUCACAUGCUGACCCUUCAGAAACUACUCCACCCUCAAAGAGUUGUGCAGAUUAUAUUCUAGGUUCACGGUCUAAAUCUUCAGAACCGUGCUCGGUAAAGAUUAAAAAGAACAAUGUUACCACUAGGAUUUCUGCUAAACCUCCCCAUAUUGGGCAAGUUACACGUUCUUCUUCUAGCCCAAGUUCUGAGUUUCGAUAUGAUGAGAGUUCAGCUUCAUCAUCAAUAUGCACUUCUACAACUCCAGUGUCAGGGAACACCUUUUUGCCCUCGGAUAGAACAGAGGAGAGUGGUAAUAGCCGGCCAAACUAUAUGAACCUUACUGAGUCAACAAAGGCGAAGCAGAGAAUCAAUUAUUUAUCUCACAGAAUUCGGCAAUCCAUGGAUGAGUUUCAGUUCCUGAAGAAAUCAGCCGUUUUCUCUAAUGGGGAUUCGAAAAGCAGUGCAGGUUCUGAUCCUUCAAUCAAUAUGUCUAAGCCAUUUUACCUGCCAUCCCGAUUGGAUAAGAGCUCAAUCAAAGUAUGAAACAAAGGGAGCAGGGGUUUGUAUGAUUAGAUGGAUUAGUUUAUGCUUUUUGAAGAAAGUUCAACAGCUUGUUGGGCACUGUUAUU